GUGUGUGUAUGAUGACUGGCAUUCGCAUCCAACCCGCGGGUUGAAUGAUAUCUCCUGGAAGGAACAACAUUUUGGAUCCCAUGGGAUUGCUGACCGCCGCAGUCUGUCUGUUGGCAGCCGUGGGAGUGGGAUGUCGGCCAGUAAUAUCACCCCUCAAUGAUGCAAAGGUUGAAUGUAUUAUUCAAGAAACGUUGAAUGAAGAUGGGUCGCAACAUGAAUGUGGCCCUCAGCUAGCAGCGGAACUUGAUGAAGUGCAAAGACACCAGGGUCUGCUUGGGGAGCUGCAGAGGCUGGCUGAUGAUGAGAGAGAGCGGUAUGAGUACAAUCCAGCUGAUGAGGAGGGUGAUUUGGAGUCGAAGGAUGACGAGAGCGAUGCGGGCAAAACAACAAUGGAAGGUAACCCCAAGAGGAGGGAGAUGGAUGAGCCAAAGGUAGACGAUACGGGGAUCCACGAUGAAGAGGAGAGAGCUAAGGAGCUUGAGGAGCUGCUAGCUGAAGAGAUCAGCAAGAAGGAAAAGGAGGAGAGAAAUGAUGAAGAGCUCAAAGAGCUGCUGAGAGAGUUGAAGAAAAAGCGUUACGAGAUGAAGGAAAGAGGAAGCCCAAAAAGCCAGUCGUCAGAAAAUGGCCAGGCGGAAGACGACACCAAGCAAAAGAUGGCCGCAGACAAAGAGGAAUUUCAGCAAAAGAGUUUUGACGACCAGAGGAAGGAUGAGUUAGAGCUGAGCGCAGAGAAGGAGAAGGUGGAGAAGGAGCUGAAGGAGCUGACGAGCAAGAAUAACCCAGACGAGGAGAAGGCGAGGAAGGAGAAGCAGGAGGAGCUGGACGAGCUAGUCAAGAAGAUGCAAAGAGUGCAGGACGAGGCGCGAGGGCAAAAGAGCGAUGAUGACGCGGACCAGAGCAAGCCUGAGGAGGGGGACGGAAAAGAGGGUGACAAGGGUGGAGGUGAGAGUGAAGCAAGGAGGGAAGAGGGAGGGGUGGAGGUGAAGGAGCCGCAGCAGAAGAGAGUGAUGGAGAAAGCCAGCGAUGAGGCCACUCGCCAGUUUGAGAGGGAGAGGUUGAAGGACCAGGAGGAGGAGGACGACGACGAUCCGCGUGGGGAGGAUGAGGAUGCUGAGGAUGAUGAGGAUGACUACAUCAGAGAGGAUGAAGAUGAGGAUGAAGGUGCUUUGGAAGAUGAUGAAGGAGAGGAGCUGCUGGAGAUUGAAGCGCAGUUGCGUGAAGUUGCCGCAGAGCUGAGAGAGCUGCGGAGAGGAUAAACACCCACACACACAAUAGCUCUUGGUUGCAUUCUCAUUCAAACAUUCAGCUCGCCUGAUUCCCAUUAACAGCAUCUGUGUCCCUUCUUUGGAUGCAAAAUGAUUUUUUUUCUGGGAACUGUUUCAUCAGUGUCAAUGCAAUGCUAAUUUUAGUUUAGGAGCUCUCAAUCCAUGGCUUGCUAGAAUAACCUGUAAAUGUUUAGUUGACAGGUGGAAUCAUUCACCAACUGCCACAGAAGCAAGCAUUCAGCACUUUCAUUUAAAUGCCAUUUCUUCCUAGAAAUGCCUAGAAAUUAUAGUACUGAGUCAUCAAAACAGGCACACAGUGCUACUUGUCUCAAAUGUUACGCAUAUAAGCAAUUUGUGUGUAUCAGUAUCUGUUUUGUGCAAUAACCGAUACCUAUAUGUGAAGUGUUAUGACUGUUAUGUGAUAUUUCUACCCAAGGGUAAACAUUUAUUAUUCUCAAAAAAAAAAGGAUUCUUUCAUUAGGCUGGUGUACUGUUAAAAUCCGACUGUUUGUGACGAACAACAAAACACAAAUGGACCUUGUAUGCUGGCUGAUACGUAUGUCAGGUGUACAUUUGGUGCGUAGGUGCACAGUAGAUAAGGAUUGAUGUAUUUAAAGCUUACAGGUCUCAACGUGUCACUUGAGGUUCAGACAGCUUUGCACUUUUAACAAGCCAAGGACGAGGCAGAGACGUGGAAGACACUUAAAGCCAUUUUAUUGUCUUUUGUUAACACUAACGCUGAAAAAUAAGCCGUAAUAAUCGCUCGGUGUUGUUACAUCACAUUCGCAGUGGUUGCUGUCUUGACUUCUCUGUGCUCGUGUAAAUAUCAUUGCGCCAAGGUCAUACAAAGUAAAAGACAAGAGCGCCCCCAAGAGGACACUGCGUCAAAUUGCACAAGGUAUAGAUUUAACAGGGUUACCAAGCGACUCAGUUAACUGCAAUAAUAUUUUACAACGUAGAACUGCGAUUGCAAUAACGACUACUAAGUAAGCCAAUAGAGCAGGUAUUUUAAUACGUGUUUUAAGUGCACAUACAGUACUUGUUUAUUAAAUUCAUUCUCUUUUUUUCUAUAGGUGGAGCCAAAAGUUACAAUCUGAUGUGAACACACACUAAUAAUUAACACUAUCACGAUCCAUUCCAAAGAUUGUUCACUUCACAAUUAAAGAAUGUUUACUGUACUUUAGAGUUGUUUUUGUACAUAUGUGUAAGAUGUAUCAACCAGCAAAGUAAAUGAAGGAUGUGUCUGGAGGAGAGUCAACCAUUAAAAUUGGAACAAAUAUAUUACAGGCCAAUAGACUGCUGUAUUAUGUGCCUGCCGUGUCAUCUAUGCCAUUUAUUAAU